AACCCUUGUUCAACCUUUGACAAAAAAGAAGAAGAAGAAGAAGAAAAAACGCGACUUCCAUGGAUGUAAAGCCUUAUGCUUGCGCCCGCUAAACCCUCCAUCUUCGGCGCAGCUGGUAAUUUCUGGACCUGUUGAAGAUGGCUCCCCAAUUUCUAAUACCACCUAUGCCCAACGGCGAUCCUUACUAUCGGAGGAACUCCUUACCUUUUCCUUCCCUUCCCAAAGAUCAUGAUUUCCCAUUUAGUGUCGCCUCCGCUUCCAGUCCCAAUUUGGGUCGGAUUCCUCCCUCGCGCGCCCUCUCGAGCAUCUCCCGUGGAGACGAGAGCGCCCCAACUUCGGAGAUAGAAACAGCAUUAGACUCGGUGGUCAAGAUUUUCACCGUCUUCAGCAGCCCCGACUACGUACUUCCCUGGCAGAACAAGCCCCCUCGCCAGGCUUGGGGUUCUGGAUUUGCCAUUCCUGGGAAAAGAAUUAUCACCAGCGCUCAUGUAGUUGCAGAGCAUACGUUCAUUCAAGUUACAAAGCCUGGGUUGGCUACCAAGUAUAAGGCCCGUGUCCUUUCUGCUGGUCAUGAAUGUGACUUGGCCAUUCUAGAGGUGGACGGUGAAGAGUUCUGGGCGGGCAUGCGUUUCUUGGAGCUUGGAGGCAUUCCGUUCCUACAAGAUGAAAUAACUGUGGUUGGGUAUCCUCAAGGUGGGGACAAUAUUUCCAUGACCAAAGGCAUUGUCUCCAGAGUUGAGCCUACUCAAUAUGUGCAUGGUGCGACUCAACUUCUUGCAAUCCAACUUGAGGCAGCUAUAAAGCCGGGAUAUAGUGGGGGCCCUGCUCUCAUCGGUGGUAAAGUUGUUGGUGUAGCUUUCCAGAGCCAAACCGGUUCUGAGAAUAUUGGAUACAUAGUUCCGGUUCCAGUAAUCGAACGCUUCAUAUCUGGUGUUGACGAAAGUGGAAAAUACACAGGAUUUUGCUCCCUUGGCUUGUCAUGCCAGCCAAUUGAAAAUUCUCAUCUGAGAGACUACUUCGGGAUGCGUCCAGAAAUGACUGGAGUUCUUGUAAGCAGCAUCAACCUUCUUUCAGAUGCUUAUAGGUUCCUCGAGAAGGAUGAUAUAAUCCUUGAAUUUGAUGGCGUGCCUGUGGCAAAUGACGGAACAGUUACUUUCCGGCACAGAGAGCGCGUUAACUUUGAUCAUUUGGCAUCCAUGAAGAAGCCCAAUGAAGUGGCCUUAAUCAAAGUUCUUCGGAAGGAAAUAGAGUGUAAAGUCAACAUAACCCUCCGACCAUUGCAACCUUUAGUUCCAGUACAUCAGUUUGACAAGCAUCCAAGUUAUUUCAUUUUUGGGGGUCUGAUAUUCACUUCACUCACCCAACCCUACCUUCACGAAUAUGCUGACCGGUAUAGCAUGUUGCCUCGGCGGUUGUGGCAACUUGCACUGGAGGAACUUCCAAGAAAUGCUGGCCAAGAAAUCGUUAUUAUUUCGAUGGUCCUGAUGGAUGACAUCACUGAGGGGUAUGGAAAUCUUGCAGCAUUACAGGUGAGGAAGGUCAAUGAAAUUGAAAUUCAAAAUUUGAGGCAUUUGUACGAGCUUGUGGAGCAUUGCACUGCCCCAAGCAUACGAUUUGAUUUGGACGAGGAAAGGGUAAUUGUACUCAAGUAUAGUGAGGCGAAAACUGCCACCUCUACAAUUCGGGCGCGUUAUAAUAUACCCUCCAUUGCGUCGGCUGAUCUCAUUGUGUCAGCUGCGUAGGCUGAUCUCAUUGCGUCGGCUGAUUUCAUUGAUAAAAAAGCAAGGAAGACUAGACCGAAGCCUAAAGCCAGAUUUGGUGUAUCAUAAGAGCUUUGCCUUUUCUAUGGAUUCUGAUUCACUUAUUGUUCUACUUGAUGUGUGAUGAGUUAGUCAAUAAUUAAUAAAGUGGAAACUGUUCUAGCGAAGGACGUCGGCUGAGGGGGAGGAGGAAUUGUGGUUUUGCGACUGGCCGGAGAGGAGAGUGUCGAAUUAUUGGAAUUGGUGGCGGACGGAGAGUGAAGGUGGAUCUUUACAUUGAAACCGAAGGUAAACUGACUUGUUAUGGAUGACACACAAAGUGAUUAUAUUCUUAUAUACUUUUGGCAGUGAACUUGUUCAGAUUCCUAUGUUUUUCUUCAUGCUUC